GCAGAUCGACAGGCAGUUCACCCGAGUAUUCGUUGAGAUCGCGUGUUUGUCCUCAACUAUUCAUGACAGAUGAUAAGUAUCCACUCGGAUCCAGCGCAUGCAGUACACACCCAGAACAAACUUUUGUUUUCGUGAUGAGCUGAUCCAUUCUAAAAACUGUCAAAACAGCGAGCGAGCGGUCUUCAUACAUGCAGGACUUCCAUUGUUCCAGGUCAGGGCCAUGGGCAUUUCUUUUUGUAUAAGCAUGUCGAUGAGCCUUCCGGAUGGCCAUCGCUAAUCGGGCACCUGUGUGGGGGAAACGAGAGCUGCUAGCGUCCACGUCCUCCGUCCGGCCGUGACGGCUUGUGCGCGAGUGACCAUGGCUGUUUAUACUGUCAACAUUGAGCGGGACGGUGGAGAGCUGGGCUUCAGUGUCAAGGGAGGAAGAGAGCACGGCAUUGGCAUACUGGUGUCCAGCGUCGACCCACGUGGAAUAGCCCAUAGCCUGCUGGAAGUUGGCGAUGAGAUUCUCUAUGUGAACGGGCUUCGGCUGUGCGACAUGACGCAUGGCGAGGCAGUGCAGAUCAUCAGAGGCGCAGGCAACGACCUCACGCUGACCAUUCAACACCAUGCGUCCAUCCAGUCGGCUCUAGCAACAUCUGUGGGCGACAUUGAGAAGAUGAAGACGGACUUUGAGCGGAUGCGCGAGAAGAUCCGCAGUCGUCCACUGGCGCCGACACAGGCGAUGCAAGGUGCACCCGAGGCGCGGUCAUUUCCUUUUCCGCCGUUCCUGUCCUCGCGCUGGACCACGUCCCGCGAGGAUGACUCCGUGAUCCAAUCACCCACGGACCCGCCAACGGACAGCCCUAUGCUCAAAACGGAGGCCGAGCCGAGUCAGAACGAUUCCGUGGCGGUCUCGCGUGCGCCGAAUAGGACACCAUCGUCAGGAGUCUUGCCCGGUAUGAGUCAGCGGCCGGUAUCUCGGGAAGAAACCGAUGGUGGCAGUGAAGCGCAUGAGCUACAGCGAGGGAUGAAGAUAGUCAAAACAUCUAAAGUGUCUGACGUACGGCGUGGCUCGUUGCCAGAGGGUUGGGUACAGCGCCUGGACCCGCGCACCGACCAGUGCUACUAUGAGAACCACUGGCUAGGUUUGUCGUUCUGGACUGACCCACGCACACUGCCGCCCGCUGCUGAUGUUCUAAAGUACGACUGGUCAGAUUUGCCAAUCGGUUGGAAGCAGUUUGUUGAUAAGAAUGGCUUUGUCUAUUACAUAAAUCACCACAACCACACCAGCCACUGGGAAUCACCUACACUGACGCAACAGUCCAAGCUCCUAGCCCAGGUCAAGACACAUUACAAUGAAGUGGACGAGCGGCUUCAGGCCGAAGCUAAAACACUGAAGCAGAAGCGGGAGGCGCUGCUGAAGAACCGAGAUGAGUUACAGCGUCUUACUGCGCAGCGCGAUGCAAUGGAGAAGCCAGGCACGCCAGCAUCCACCUCUUCCAGUGGAAACAGUUCACGGGACCAGGACAUUAAGAAUUCACUAAACGGUCUAGUGUCGGCCGUCGUUGAGGAGGUCAUGCAGCUCAACGAGGCCGUCGAGGGCUUGUCAUCGCAGCUGGGCGAUUACCGCAAGGGUUUAGCGGCACUGGAGGUGCUGAGACGGCAAGCCCAGGAGGAGCUGAACUCCGGUACUGACCUGGUGUCACAAUCCUCCAACCUGGCCAAACAACUACACAGCACCUUUGCCGAGACGGUGUCACUGCACCGACAGAAACUUGCGGCACUCUAUCGUCUGGAAGGGCAGCGCAAACGCCAGCGUAGAAGGUCUUCUAUGCUGGCCGGUCCGGGCAGACUGAACGCCUCGUUGUCACCGCAGCGUUCUAUUUCCUUCGACGGCGGUGAGUGCCUGUCCCCGGACACGUCACUUCUGUACAUGCUGCAGCUGCCCGAUGCCAAGCCAAUGCCAGCCAGCGUCGAUUCGGACGGUGAUGAUGAUACGGAUGGCAUGGACAACGGCUUGAUCCGCUUGCCAGCAGACCCACGUGACACCAAGCUAGCUCGGCGGAUACACGUGCUUGGCGACGAACUGACGGUCAAGUGCAACCUGGAAAUGCGCGUGGACAUUGCCCUACUGCAGCAACUCUCGACGUCUUCGCGCUCCUGCCUCGGCCUGCUCAAGUCCUGGGAGGAAGAGGUGCGUCACAACAGCCACGCCUGGACAUCUGUCGUGGAUAAGCUGACGGGCUUGGAGGACCUGAUGGAGACGGCUCACUUUGAAUGGCUAGCCCUGAGAUUCAAGGAGAAAUUGAAGAAGCUGACAGGUAGCUGAUUGGACUAAACUCACACACCGAAUGGCUCACUGGUAGCAGUGAGGUUGACGUAUUCCAAAGUUGUGACCGGUCAUCCCAAUGAUAUCGGCUCUAGUCACUUUUCACACAAAAUCCGUAUAAUCAGCAUGGCGGAUCCUAUCUGUGAAAGCUGCAGUCAGUCAUAUUCAAUCCCAAUCCAGGCAACUGCAACUGCAUGCACAGUACAGCUUUACAGCUAUUCACGCCACGGCCUUAUGGCCGCUUAUUGGAUAAAGCAAGCCAUGCAUGCUGGCACCGAUUCAGGGCCCGGAGUGGCGUUCUGCGCCUGCGUCUAACAUCUCAAGCACCGCCUUGGAGCUGUGGUGACCGAUAUCCUAAGUUAUUCAAACUAUCUGCAGCAUAAUAACAGAUCCGAGCUGCCAAUUUUAGAAUCAAAGCACUUGAAAAACCUAUAACUUUAUGAUUUGAAAAUAUCACCAAAAUUGCUAGGAAGCUUCUUUCUUAUGCUUAGAAACUAGGUAGUGGUUUAAUUCUCCAGCUAACAGUUUGAAGUUACCCCGAGGCCCAGUGAUCAUAUGAGUCGUCUCAUCUUCAUGUUCAUAUGCAUGUACUUAUGAAGUAAUUGUCAUAGUACAUGGCCAUAUGCCACAUUGUCCUAGUGCACACUGCAUCGUAUGCCAUGUUGAUGGUAUUAGAGUAUCUGCAAGGGGACUGGGAUCAGUCCGAUCCUGGUCCAGGCUUAAGAUCCCACCCUGGCACAUGCAUGAUGGCAUUCGAUCUCAGGUGGUGCAAGCCUGCCCCCUC